AUGGCGGAAGAGCAGACUUCGAUGCGCUCGUCCCAGGGCUCGUCGUCCUCGUCGCGGCGUGCGCCCAAGAAUCCCCAGCAGCAGCUCUCCCAGAUUGAAAAGUCCGUCACACAUCUGCUCGUCGCGACAAAGCAGCUCCUUGAAACACUGACGCUCUGGUCGCGCGGCACCGCCACCGAAAGCGAGGUCUCCGACGUCUACGUCCGCCUGGGCUAUGAGUUCAACAUCGCCUCACGCGCCUUCAAUGCCAUCGGCGUCGACACAAACGACCUCGGAAACGUUCCAGAACUGCUGCGCGGGAUCCUGGAAGAGACGCUGAGCCAGGAAGCUUCGCAGGCGAGCCUCGACAACUUCCUGCCGCGCAUACGAGACAUCAUCAUCAACCUACUCCACGGCCUCAAGAAGAAGCAACAGCGGUUACGUCAGCGCACAGGAAGAGAUGGCUCGCUCAACGGAGGCGGCAGCCCCCGGCAGGGCAGCGUGGGCAGCUCGGGUGAAGUCGAGGACACGCAGCAGCCCCGUUCACAGAGCCAGAGACUGCCUUCGAGAGGCGAGAGCCCGUCGUUUGGUGGGCCUGACCUGCCCCCACGCUCAUCCUCAGUCGCAGGCGGAAGUGGAAGCGGAGGCCGCGCAUCCCCCAGCAAAUACGACGUCCUUCCCUCCAACCCAAAAUCGAGCCGCUCCACCGCUUCAAGUCAGCUGUCCACCGACUCGUCUUCCAUGUCGAGUGCUACCGCCCAGCAAACGUCGGCCGCCACUCCUUACCCCUCGGACGAUGCCAUGCCCAAACCACCAGAGCCCCCGCAACAACAACAACAACAACAACAACAACAGCAACAGCACAGCUACCCUGCCGAUUUCCCGCCACCACCGCCCACGCCGCCCCAGGAAGAUGCACUGGCUGCGCUGCAAAGAGGUGGUGAGCUAGAGCGGAGGGCUUCGCGGAGAUUCUCCGCAUAUCAGAUUCAGAAGCAUCUCGGUACAAACGGCAUACCGCUUCCGCCAGUUCAGAACUCGCCCAUACCGAAUAGGGGUCGGGAUGUCCGCGAGUCUAUGAAUGCAGUCCGGACAAGAGCGUCUACCAUGCACAACCGGCAGCGGUCCAACCAACCAGGAUCACAACAGCGGCCAGCCGUCGAAACCAAAUUCUCUUUUGAUCAACCCAACGACAGGCGCAUCUCCGAGGAAAGCAGCCAAGGCAAAGCACCGAGCUUUCUGCCGCCCCAGGAAGCCGGGCCUGAAGACAGCCCGAUCCAAAAGACGCCAGACGACAAGAUUGGUGGGCCCAAAUUCCCCGACGGCGAUCACGUUUCUUUGGGUGCCACUGUCAACGGACCAUUGUCCGAGCCGGCUGAGCUCGGAACUGAGUCACCCCCCAAAGACACAAACGCCAGGGCAGCAGCCAGUCGCAGCAGUUACAGGACAAAGACACCCUCUCCGCAACCCACACAUUUUAUCCCAGAGCAGUCACCCCAGCAGGGCAAAGAACUGACUCUAUUCCUGCAGUACAAGAGCAAGAUCAAAAAGUAUGUUUUUACUGACGGCUCCGAACUCUCUUCCGCUCGCUUGCAACUGGCUUUUAUCGAAAAGUUUGCCUGGGACACGCACCGCCAUGGCGACUUACCCGAGAUUCAUAUCCAAGACCCGGUCUCUGGUGUGCGAUACGAGUUGGAGGAUAUUCACGACAUCAAAGACAGAUCGGUCCUCGUUCUGAACGUAGAGCAGCUGGACGAAGUAAAGAAUCACAUCGAUGACAAGUUUGGUGGCCUCAGCAAAUUGGUGGAGAGUAUCAAGACGGUCGUUGAGGAUCAGCAAGCUACGAUACAGCGCGUUGCUGAACGCCAGCAACAGACUUCCAAAGAGCUUGCUGGCAUAUCAGCAGCCCCACUAUCUUCAAAUCGCAAUUCGGCUCUGCUGGCUUCGCGCGCAUUGCCAGUGGGCCCGCCUGCUGAAGGCACGAUUACCUCCGCCACUCAGCUCAACGAGGUGCAGGCGCUACGCCGGGAUCUAGCAGUCGUCCGGCAGACAUAUUCGUCUUUUGUUUCGGACAUCCAGGCCAGCAUGGCAACGAUUCGCACAAAGGCUAGCCAGGUCAAAUCGACUGCCGUGAAGGUGGCUCUGCCCUCGCUAGACGGCGAUAGCGGUCGUGCAUACAUCAACAAUGGAAAGAAGGCUUUGCAGGAUGACUCGGAGAAGAUUGUUAACAGGGUAGAUGAUUUGCAGGAUCUGGUUGAAGACCUGAGAAAGGACGUGGUAAUGCGUGGAGUUCGACCUCUGCCCCGCCAACUCGAGACUACAGCCAAGGAUCUGUCAAUGGCUACUGCAGAGCUCAAGAAGUUGCAGGAUAUUCUGGCCAAGGAGAAGCCGCUCUGGACCAAGAUUUGGGAGCAAGAGUUGCAGACAGUGUGCGAAGAGCGAGACAUGCUUACCAUGCAAGAAGAACUCGCGGCCGACUUGCAAGACGAUCUCGAGAAGGCGGCACAGACGCUGGAGCUGGUGGAACAAGCGACUAAACAGCAAAACCUGGAAAGCGAGAAAGAGAGCGGCAAGGGAAUGCGCUCUGCCAGUGGUCGCAGCAUGCUCAAUGCAGUUGCCCUGGACAAGGUCGUAGAUCCCCGACAAGCCCGUGAUGGUGUCCUGGGCGAGGUCAAGGCCCUGCAGCCAAACCAUGAAGGCAGACUGGAGGCUAUCGAACGAGCUGAAAAGGCACGACAACGCGACCUUGCGACGAGAAACGACGAUGAGUUCAAGCGCGAACUGGGCAGUUUUGUUGAAGAGGGCAAGCUCAAGAAGAGUGGUGGUGUGGAGGAAACCGAGCGUCUCCGCAAAGCAAAGGACGAGCGGGCGCGCAAGGAGAACUUUGAGAGAGAAGCUGCGCGCCAAAGAGCCAAAGCAGAGAAGCAAGCGAGGGAGGCUGAAGCUGCCGCAGCUGCUGCGGCAGCUGCCGCCGCCGCUCCAGAAGGAGAUGGCGCUGAAGGCGAGAAUGCAGAGGCCGAAGCCGCACCAGAGCAUGCAGAAGAGACUAAGGGAGAUGAAGGUGGCCCUGCCUAG